AUGAGGAGCCUCCUGCUUGCCCUGGCCCUCGUGUGUGGCAUCCAGGCCAUCGUCGUCCCCCGGACCAUGGAGGACCUGGACCUCCAGAAGGUGGCUGGGACGUGGCACUCCAUGGCCAUGGCGGCCAGUGACAUCUCCCUGCUGGAUGCUGAGACCGCCCCUCUGAGAGUGUACAUCCAGGAGCUGAGGCCCACCCCCCAGGACAACCUGGAGAUUGUUCUGCGCAAAUGGGAGGACAACAGAUGUGUUGAGAAGAAGGUCUUUGCAGAGAAAACCGAACUUGCAACCAGGUUCAGCAUCGACUAUGUGGAGGAGAACCAGAUCUUCCUGCUGGACACGGACUAUGACAACUACCUGUUCUUCUGCAUGGAGAACACGAACGCCCCCCAGCAGAGCCUCAUGUGCCAGUGCCUGGCCAGGACCCUGGAGGUUAACAACGAGGUCAUAGGGAAAUUCAACAGAGCCCUCAAGACUCUGCCCGUGCACAUGCAGCUCUUGAACCCCACCCAGGUGGAAGAGCAGUGCCUCGUCUAGUCUAGUGAGCUCCACCUGACCCAUCUCCUGGGGCAGAAAGUUCCUUGUCCUUUCGAAGAGGAAGCCAACCACCUGCUAGAUGGUCCCCCUCCAAUUUCCUGGGUCUGUGUGCUCAGGCUGGGACCCUGCUCUCUGACGACUCUAAAUAAAGACACAUG